AUGCCCACUAACUUGGAAAUCAGCCUCGCCAUCCAGACCACAACUCCAAAGGGGACUUCUCUUGUACCCGGCGUACUUAAGACCCGCAAGUAUGAUGUGGUCAUCGUCGGCGCUGGCGCGGCUGGCACAGCGACAGCAAUCUCAGCGGCAGAACAUGGAGCCUCAGUCCUUUUGAUGGACCAAGGUCAUGGCGGAGGGUCUUCUAGGCUUUCGGGCGGAAUAGUUUACGCUGGCGGAGGAACCAAGUAUCAAAAGGCAGCGGGCUAUGAAGACACUCCUGAAAACAUGUUCAACUAUCUUAAGCUGGAAUGUGAAGGCGCUGUCGACGAUGAAACCCUGCGAAAGUUCUGUAACGACAGCAUUGAUAACUUAGAUUGGCUCGAGAAGUGCGGUGCCCGCUUUUCCGAAUCACUUUCUCCGCAUAAGCUUGGGUAUCCAGCUGAAAGGCACUAUCUUUACUACUCUGGCAACGAAGAAGCGUACCCCUAUAACCAGGCCGCAUUCCCAGUGCCGCGUGGCCAUCGAACACUCGCCCCCCAUCUUGCAUCUGGUGCGACGUUGUGGGCUGCUCUGACUCAAAGGGCCAAAGAACUAGGGGUAGAGAUGUUACCGCUAGCCCGCGCCGAUCAAGUCGUGGUUGAGGAUGGUCGUGUGAAGGGUUUGAAAUAUCGGGUCAUGCCCAAGACAGCGCGAGGCUUCAAGAUGCAUCAGCGGCUCAACUCUGUGGGAGCAAAGUUGUUGAAUUGGGUACCGCCAGUUGGAAAAGCCAUGGCUAACCAUGCCGAUAAGCUAUGGGAUCGCACCGCCGAGCCUCACGUCGUUGAGACAAACGCGAUUGUCCUUUCUGCCGGCGGCUUUGUCUUUAACCAAGACAUGGUACGGCAGUAUAACAAAAAGGCAGAAGGAACAUCUCCCCUUGGCAAUAAAGGCGAUGACGGCUCUGGUAUACGCCUAGGGGUAGAGGUCGGUGGUCAGGUCUCUCACAUGGAGAAUGUGGCCAUGUGGCGCUUUCUUUCGCCGCCCGAGGCCUUCCUCCGAGGAAUUGCAGUUGGGCCGGACGGCCAGCGCAUCAUCAACGAAGACUUGUAUGGUGUCCACUUUACGGAAGCCAUGGCAAAUAAGACAGGCGGAAGGGGGUUUCUGAUUGUAGACUCUGCGACCUUCAAUCUGGCGAGACAGACCUUCAAAGACGAACUUCAUCGCAUCACAGCUGCACAAGCAUAUUACACCCUCUUCUGGGGCUAUAGCAAGGCUAACUCGCUAGAUCUACUGGCGCAGAAACUAGGAAUCUCUGCGGAAGGCCUCCGAAGCACAGUGGCCGCAUACAACACUGGCAUCCGUUGUGGGACUGGUGAUCCGUUCCACAAGGCAAGAAAAUACAGUGUGCCUAUUUCCCAAGGUCCAUUCUACGGUAUCGAUGUUUCCAUCCGACCAUCACUACUGCAUUCAGUGCCGGCCAUAACUAUGGGCGGAUUAAAGGUGGAAGGGAAGACCGGACUGGUCCUCUCAAAAUCGGGUGACGCUAUUCCGGGCCUGUAUGCGGCUGGGCGGAAUGCUGUUGGCAUCCCUUCCAGAAACUAUUUGAGUGGCCUGUCUCUUGCAGACUGCAUCUUUUCCGGUCGAAGGGCUGGGAAACACGCAGCCACCACGCGCUAUGAAGAGCAAAGAACUAGUUGA